AUGGGAAUUAAGUACUAUCUCAAACCUUCAUUCGAAAGACUCAAGUCAAUUGAGGUGUGGAAUGCAGCGGCCUCACAAAUUUUCUUUUCACUGGGUCCGGGAUUUGGUGUUCUUUUAGCACUUGCCAGCUAUAACAAAUUUAGAAAUAACUGCUAUCAUGAUGCUAUGAUAACAAGUUUUAUCAACUGCGCUACGAGCUUCCUUUCGGGUUUUGUUGUCUUCUCAGUUCUUGGACAUAUGUGUUAUAGAAUGGAUCGAACUAUGGAUACUGUUGCAAAUGAAGGUCCUAGUUUGGUAUUCAUAGCCUAUCCAGAGGCCAUAGCUACUCUUCCAGGUUCAAUAUUCUGGGCGAUAAUCUUCAUGCUCAUGUUAAUUACCCUCGGUUUGGAUAGUACUUUUGGAGGACUGGAGGCGAUAAUUACAGGUCUAUUAGAUAGAUGGCCAAAAUUGCGAAGAAGAAGAGAGAUCGUCGUACUAAUCAUGAUAUUCUACUGCUACUUAGGGGCCCUUCCAACCACAACUAAUGGCGGAUACUAUAUACUUACCUUAUUUGACACCUAUGGGGCACCCUUCUCAAUCCUUUUCAUCGUAUUCUGCGAAUCUGUGGCUUUAUGCUGGUGCUACGGGGUCAGUAGAUUUUCACGAGAUGUCGAAUCGAUGAUUGGCUUCAAACCUGGCUGGUUUUGGAGGAUAUGUUGGGCCGCUAUCAGUCCAGCUUUCAUGCUUAGUAUCUUCAUAUUGAAUAUUGCAUUCUUUGUGCCCCCGGAUAUUUCAGUUAUGGGGGAGACCAUUAAAGCGGAAACGUGGGUUCAAGUUAUCUCCUGGCUUUUAGUCUUCUCAUCUCUCAUACCCAUACCGAUUUGUGCAAUCUUUAUGUUCAUUCGAUCUCGCGGAACCUUUAAAGAGCGACUGAAAGCCUUGUUCACCCCUGGAAUUCGACCUUCGUUCUCGGACUUCCAUGUUCAUCCAAAUAGCCUCCAAAAACAAACAAAGAUCGAACCAACAAAGGAAGUAGAAAAUGCGUUUGACGGGACAACAGAAGUGAGACAAGGAAACGAAAGUGACGAGAAUCCUUAA